AAGUUCUUUAUAGGUUAUGUUUAUGUUUGCAUGUGAUUUUGUAAUGUUGACGGUUUUAAAACAAGUUUUAAAGUAAAAAACAAACACUUUACGACGUUUUAAUGAUUAUUUAAUUUACGUGAGUUAAUCUAGUAUUAUGCAAGUGUAUUAUGGAGUUUUCCGCUAAUGAUGGAAUUGCCACCACUCUUUGAAACAAGAAAAGUGCUAAUUGAACAUCUUGCUGCUAAAGUUCAUUCGCUCAAGUCAACUAUAUUAUGUACAAAAGAAAUUGCUGAAGAGUUGUCUCAAAAUUUAUCAAAUAGUGAAAUCAUUUCAUUGUUAAAGAAUGAAGAAGAAUUAGAGGAACGAAUAGAUAACUCUAGAGCAGGUCAACUACUCAAAAAGCAAUUACUAGGCGACGAUUUGUUUGUGGCUGUAUCAAACAUAGAUUCUGAAUUAUGCGCUCAGUUAACGGGCAUGCUCUUGGAAUUAGAUUAUGACACGAUUCAGUCGUUGAUUAAUGAUCCUCUACGUCUGAAGCAAGCCGUUCGCCGAGCUAAGCAGGAAUACAUCAAGUUUACAAAGGGUGACGUGAAGGAAGCAUUCGGCGAAGAACUGUUUGAGCUGGUGUGUGAGAGACACGCUGACGAGCAGUUGGCCAGUCAGCUGACAGGCAUGUUGCUCGAAUUGGACGCCACCACGUUGGGUCGACUAGUUAGCAAUCCGACUGAACUCGACGAUAAGAUCAGUGCUGCCUACACCUGUCUUAUGAACUCUGUCGACAAGCAAUUGCAGUUGGAGAAGAUGGCAUGCCAGGAGCACAAAGACCUGGCCAACACAAUCAAGGAGACUCAUGUCAAAUUGAGAAAAGCGGCAAGAGAGAGAGGAGGUGAUGAAGCAUGGCAAAUGCACGUGAAAGACGAAGAUACAUUGAAGGAGUACGCCUCAGCCAUGCACAAGCUAGCCACAGAGCACUGGGAUAAAAACGACAAGAAUGUCUCCAGAAUUCAAUGGGUGGUGCAAUUUUGUUCUGAAUAUUUCAAAAAUGGCGGACAAUUAAGAGCAGAACAGAGGGAAGAGAAUCUACACAGAGUUUUCAAGAAAAUUGAUUUGAGUGAAGAGAGUUUUGAACAGGAUUUGUAUAGAGAAAAUAAUAAUUGUGAUAAGGAACUUGAGAGUGGUGACAAAUUAUGUUUACUAGAUGUUGGUAGUUGUUACAAUCCUUUUAAAAACUUUGAUAUUUUUGAUCAUGUAAUCGCUGUUGAUUUAGUGCCUGCAACAGAGGAUGUCAUGCAGUGCGAUUUUUUAAAUUUAGACAUAGAUUUUGAUUCCUCAUCAAUUACAACAACAGAAUCUCCCUGCAAGAAGUUACCAGCGAGUUACUUCAAUGUCGUGGUGUUUUCGCUGCUAUUAGAGUACUUACCUUGUAAGAAACAACGAUGGACUUGCUGUGUAAAAGCGUGCAAACUUCUAAAGCCGAACGGCUUGUUAAUUAUAAUCACGCCAGAUUCUAAACAUGCAUCGGCUAAUUCGAAACUGAUGAAAAGUUGGAGACUUGCGUUGGCGGGUCUGGGGUUUAUAUUGGUGAAAAGCGAAAAACAUCAACAUUUGAAUUGUUUGGCUUAUCGUAAAUGUUUCAAUCCCAAAGUGGCAGCCUAUUGGUUGUCUCUGCAGAAGCCUGAGGAUUAUGUGCCUGAGACUAUAUGCAUUCCUCAAGAUUUUAGUAAUUAUAGUGAUGAUGAGGGGGAUACAGAAUUAGUUGUUUUAGAUAGAGACUCGAUUGUUGGUGAUUUUUCUGAAUUACCAUCUUUUGAUUUCUAAUCAACAAUAAAAAUAAAAAAUCCAAGUACCCUUAUUCAAUUUUUUUCCCUCACAGCAUGUUUCAACAGACAUUACAGUUGUAACUUGAGUAAACAAUUGAAAAAAGUACCUAGAUUUUUUAUUUUUAUUCUAGAUAAUUAAGAGUAGCCCUAUCAAAAAAGUCGAUUUCUAAGUUUGAAACUUUUGUUCUUGAAAUUUGAGUUUUUAUUAUCCCUUUUGAGCAUUAGUCAGGAGUAGGUUUGACUAGGGGAGGAAUCCAAUUGAUGGAAUUCUUUCAAUUACACAUUAUGAAUCAUAUCUAAAAAAUGUUUGUUGAUGUUGCAUUCGAUUUAUGAUUUUACUGUAGCCUACACUAAAUCAGUACCGGUAUAAUAAUAAACUAAUCUACUAAUCAGUAUAUUACAGUUUACUGAUUCCCAUAUAUGUUUUAUGGUUUUAUAUUUUGAAUGUACUGAACUUUUGAGCUUAUUCCUUUAGUCCUUGGUGACUAUUAAUUUUUACUUCUUGAUUGAGUCUUGGAGGCCAUAUUCAUUGAAUUUACCGUGUUCUGUAAUUAUAAAUCUAGACUAAAUUGAUUUGUUCCACCAAUGAACAUGGAUUUAUCAUUCUGCUGGGUAUUUUGAGAAUAACUUUAAUAUUUCUAUGUAGCUAUAUUUUACGUCAAAUCGAGCUGUAGAUAUCAAAUUGUAAUUAAUGUUCAAUUUCUUUCAUGAUAACCUGCAUAUAACUAAACUUGAAUUGAAUUUAUAGUAAGUUUAUUGUUUUAAAUAGUUACUAAAAAUAGAUUUAAGAACUGGUGAAAAUUGUCUACGUGAUAUUGCAGAAUGUGAAAUCUUUUAAGGUAUUCCUUUCAAAUGACUAUGCUAAGAAUUCGCUAUUUAAUAAAAGGUUUUUCAAUGCGAUUUUUGGAGAUUGAAGUAUAAAAUUUUGUGGGCAUGUUGCAAUUUUUAUUUUUAGAUCUUUUGUAAUUUUUCUACAAACCCAAUGAAUAAAUGUAACGAAAAUUUUAAUCUUUGUGAUUUUCAACACAUAUAAACUACUACCGUAUUGCAAAAAA